AUGGACAACCUGCGUGAGACCUUCCUAAGCCUCGAAGGUGGCUUGGGCUCCUCCGAUGGCCCUGGCCUGCUGUCCUCCUGGGACUGGAAAGACAGGGCAGGGCCCUUUGAGCUGAACCAGGCCUCCCCCUCUCAGAGCCUUUCCCCGGCUCCAUCAUUGGAGUCCUAUUCUUCUUCUCCCUGUCCAGCUGUGGCUGGGCUGCCCCGAGGGCAUGAUGGGGCCAGCAGUGGGGGCAGUGAUGACUACAGCGUCCAAGGGGCUGGUGGCCUGGUAGAGGUGGACUACAACAUGUUAGCCUUCCAGCCUGCCUACCUACAGGGCGCUGGUGGCCCCAAGGCCCAGAAGGGCACCAAAGUCAGAAUGUCUGUCCAGCGGAGGCGGAAGGCCAGCGAGAGGGAGAAGCUCAGGAUGAGGACUUUGGCAGACGCCCUGCACACCCUCCGGAAUUACCUGCCACCUGUCUACAGCCAGAGAGGCCAGCCGCUCACCAAGAUCCAGACGCUCAAGUACACCAUCAAGUACAUCGGGGAACUUACAGACCUCCUCAACCGCGGCAGAGAGCCCAGAGCCCAGAGCGCCUGA